CGAAGAGUCACAAGCAGCAUGGUCCAUUCCACUUAUCGUAUCGGCGUUGCAUUAAGUUAUUCUCAAGUCAGAGGAGGCCUCAGAAUCACUGGCAAUGUUUACCAUAAUGGGUGUGGCAAAGGGGCUGGAUCAGGAGCCGUGACGUAUAUCAAGGGGGACUGGACCUACAUCAGAUACACGCAGGAAUUUAGAGGAACUGCAUCUUGUUGGAAGAUUUUUGGAGGACCAGCUUCUCCUAAGUACAGGAAUAAAGAAUUUGCAUUCUAUCCAAACCCUUAUCUCAAGAACCCGCCMAACAACGUUCAUGACUUAGACGUCAAGGUCGGUGAUGGAAUCUUUAACGAGCUUCGCAUGAACACGAGGUCAAGAAAUGCAUUUGAUGGCCGUGUGUACCGAUGUGAUAACGAAGCAACCAACUUUUGGCACGGAAGAAAUGGAGGGGGGUUACGGAGUGCUACCGUGAUGCUCCGCAGGUCAAACGUGAGAGCCAAAGCCGGUAUGCUGACUGAAACAUCGUGCGGGACACCAACCUACGUCAUAAAGGACAUCUGGGUUCUAAUGUGAUUCGUACAGAUAUUUUCACUAAGAAAAGUAAAUAAUAAUCAAUGAAUAAAUAAUUAAAUAUUUGGAUUGUUGCAAUUUUGUAAUCAGAGCAAAACUUCCUCAAACAACGUCUUAUUUUUUGGUAAAAUUUUGAACAACUUUUUAGUUGUUUCAAUAAUACUUUUUACACAAGUGAUUAGAUUUACAAUAGGAGCAACUCUUCGAAUAAACGUAAUUUCUAUCUUGA